AUGUCUUCCUCCUCGACCCCUACAAAGGAAUGGCUGGUCAUUAUUCCCGAUCACUCCAACGCCCUCGAAAAACGGCUUGCGGUGCGCCCCCAGCACCUCCAAGCGCUGAAACCCAAGAUUGACGCGGGGAUCGUGGUCUUUGGCGGCGCAACACUUUCGAAACAGCCUUCAGAGGGCGAGACCCCGGACAUGACGGGCAGUGCCAUGUUGAUCAAGGCAAAUACCGAGCAAGAGGUCAGGGACUUUUUGGAGAAUGAUCCGUACACAAAGGGAGGGGCGUGGGAUGUGAGCAAGGCGCAGAUCAGGCCUUUUAAGUGUGCGGUACGGACGGCCAUGUAA